AUGGCUGCCACUUAUGGAAAUGACAAAGUAAGACUAUUUUAUUAUUUUUUGUUGUAUUUUUGUUAUAUCAAUAUGAUGAAGUAGGACUUAUCUUGUUUUAGGGCAGAGUUUUCGAUUAUUCAAAGUAUCCUCAACGUCGGAUCGCUUUGAUGUUUCUGUAUCUUGGUUGGGAGCAUGAUGGUCUUGUUCCGCAGCCAACAAUGGCUAAUACUGUUGAAGAGGUAAUGUUUUUUACUUAUAUUUUGCUGUUUUAGGUAGGGAACUUAAAUGUGGGGUAAAAGCAUUUUCUUGAGAUUCAUACGUGUUAUUCUGGCUUCUGAUAUAUUUUGUGUGAAAAAAAGAGUAAGAAAAUAGUUAUAAAUUGUUAUUCAGGUUUUAAUAAACGCUCUGCUCCGUUCCAGGCUUAUAUUAACAUCGGAAUGUGGUCUAAAUAGAUGUGGAAGGACAGACAAAGGCGUUUCUGGAUUCAGACAAGUCUGUAGCGUCAUUGUAAGGUAUGAUAUUUUUGUUUUUGUGUUUUAAAGUUUAGGAAGUAUUUUCUGGCUAAAUUGACAGUUUUAUGGCCUAUUUAAGAAUCAGGUUGUGUAUAACAAAUGUUUUAGCUUUAUUAUUAUGAAUAAUGUAAUGCAGACCUAUAAGUUAUUAGAAAUUAAGCAAUAUGAAAGUUUAGGUCUACCGAUGUAAAUGGAAAACAUGUCUUUUGGAGCGAGGAUUCAGAUCAAAGCAAGAGAAUCAAGUCGACUUCUGAGAUUGACUAUGUCAAGAUUCUGAAUGCUGUUUUGCCUUAUUCAAUUAGAAUAUUAGGAUGGGCACCAUGCGACAGAGAUUUUAAUGCCAGAUUUAAUUGCACAGAACGGGUUUAUAAUUAUAUCUUUCCGAAAAACAACUUUGAUAUUGAGGUAGGUAUACCUAUAAGUAUUAAGUGUGUGUUUUAUAUAUCGAUUUUAAAACUCAGACAAGGUUUAUAUUUUAAAAGUUUAUAUAUAGUUUUUAAGAUGGUUAAGCCUGGUUAAUUGAUGGGUUAUUUUAGAAAAUGAGAGAAGCAUCAAAAUUAUUGGUCGGAAGCCACGAUUUUCGAAAUUUUUGUCGAAUUGACAACAAUAAAGCAAGGUUGGAGACUACCUAUGUACGCGAAAUCUUUGAUAUCCAACUGGACGAAUUGAGAAGGUAACAACUUUUAUUUUGUUUUUUUGAAUUUGCAGUUUUAAAUAUAUUUUACUUGCUAUAGACUACCUUUUUUAGUGAAGAAUCUGACAAUGUGUACAAGAUAUAUCAACUGAAAGUGAAAGGAUCUGGUUUCUUAUGGCAUAUGAUUAGAUGUAUUGUUGGAGUGUUGUUUGAGAUUGGGGGCAGUGGAGAAGAUAUUGAGGUAGAUAUACCAGUACUUCAAAUUAAUUUUAAUUACAUUUAUUGAGGUUAAAAAUUAAAAUUUUAAUAUUUUUGAAUUAAAAGAACUGUUACAGGUCAUAAACCAACUCUUGGACGUGGAGACUUGUCCAUCAAGGCCACAAUAUCAAUUGGCUAAGGAAACUCCGUUAUGUUUCUUUGACUGUAACUACAGCAUUCCAUUGGAAUGGAUAUUCGACAAAAUUAAUUUGAAGAAGGCUUUUCAAACUCUUGAGAAAACUUGGUCUGAUUUGAAAGUAAAGUGUGAGACCGUCAAGAACAUGAUGUAUCAACUUUCUGGAUUUAUUCAGGAGGAUAGUCACGAAGCCAUGGAUGAAUAUAUCAGGGAUGGACCUAGGCCUAAGGUAUGUUGUAGUUGAUUUGGAAUAGUUUUCAAAAAGCUCUUAUGUUAUAGUUAUAUAAAUUACAAUUAUAAGGGUUUUAGAAAAAGAUAGCUUUAAUGAACCGCCCAAGAUGUGCGAGUCUGGACGAUCGUAUUCAAAGAAUGGCCAGCAAAAAGUGUCAGCAGGAAAUGUAA